GGGGGCUGGGAGGGGGGCACCCGGAGCGCAGGCCUAGCGGCCUCAUCCCCUGACCCCCGCCCGCAGCCCCAGGGGCCCGGCGGGCCCGCCUGGUCUCUACCUACGGCGGGUGCCGAGCUGGGUGCCGCGCACAGGUCCCCGCGCUGGUCCGCCGGGGUGCUUGACCUAAAGGUCUUGCCGAAGGACCCUUGCGCCCCCUCCCCAUCCAAAUUGUCAGAGCCGUGACCUGGUGAAAAGGGAAUCUUACUGAAACACAUGAAACGGACAGUAGGCCGUUUUGGCCUGUGUAAACACUGAGACAAUAGUAUUAAUUGCAAACUUUUUAUGUGAACUGUGUCAGGUAUUGUACUAAGCACUUCAGUCAUUUUUGCAAAAUCAUUGGCUCCUGAAGGAGAGCGCUGACUCCUAGAGCUUAUUUCCCCCGUUUAUUACAUACCUUUUUUCUUAUCAGAUGCUUAGUUUUGUUCCGGUGAGACAGGUUUAAACGAAGUGUUUUCCAACUUGGGCAGCACCACAUGAUUUUUCUUCCUCCUUACAUGGGAGGGAAAAGAAAGUACUCUUGCAGUGGGCGUGAAUGGCUGUUGAUGGUGGGUGUGGGGACACUGGAGACUGGGAAGGUCGCUGGAACCAUGUAAAGAAGUUCCUCGAGCGAUCUGGACCCUUCACACACCCUGAUUUCGAACCGAGCACUGAAUCUCUCCAGUUUUUGUUAGAAACAUGUAAAGUUCUAGUCAUUGGAGCUGGCGGCUUAGGAUGUGAGCUCCUGAAAAAUCUGGCAUUGUCUGGUUUUAGACAGAUUCAUGUUAUAGACAUGGACACUAUAGAUGUUUCCAAUCUAAAUAGGCAGUUUUUAUUUAGGCCUAAAGAUGUUGGAAGACCUAAGGCUGAAGUUGCUGCAGAAUUUCUAAAUGACAGAGUUCCUAAUUGCAAUGUAGUUCCACAUUUCAACAAGAUUCAGGAUUUUAACGACACUUUCUAUCGACAAUUUCAUAUAAUUGUAUGUGGACUGGACUCUAUCAUAGCCAGAAGAUGGAUAAAUGGCAUGCUGAUAUCUCUUCUAAAUUAUGAAGAUGGUGUAUUAGAUCCAAGCUCCAUUGUCCCUUUGAUAGAUGGGGGGACAGAAGGUUUUAAAGGAAAUGCCCGAGUAAUUCUCCCAGGAAUGACUGCUUGUAUUGAAUGCACACUGGAACUGUACCCACCGCAGGUUAAUUUUCCCAUGUGCACCAUUGCAUCUAUGCCCAGGCUACCAGAGCACUGUAUUGAGUAUGUAAGGAUAUUGCAGUGGCCUAAGGAGCAGCCUUUUGGAGAAGGGGUUCCAUUAGAUGGAGAUGAUCCUGACCAUAUUCAGUGGAUUUUCCAAAAAUCACUAGAGAGAGCAUCACAAUAUAAUAUUAGAGGUGUUACGUAUAGACUCACUCAAGGGGUGGUAAAACGAAUCAUUCCUGCAGUAGCUUCCACAAAUGCAGUCAUUGCAGCUGUAUGUGCCACUGAGGUUUUCAAAAUAGCCACAAGUGCAUAUAUUCCCCUUAAUAAUUACUUGGUAUUCAAUGAUGUAGAUGGACUGUACACAUACACAUUUGAAGCAGAGAGAAAGGAAAACUGCCCAGCUUGUAGCCAGCUUCCGCAAAACAUUCAAUUCUCUCCAUCAGCUAAACUGCAGGAAGUUUUGGAUUAUCUAACCAAUAGUGCUUCUCUGCAAAUGAAAUCUCCAGCCAUCACAGCCACAUUAGAGGGAAAAAAUAGAACACUUUACUUACAGUCAGUAACCUCUAUUGAAGAACGCACAAGGCCAAAUCUCUCCAAGACAUUGAAAGAAUUGGGACUCGUUGAUGGGCAAGAAUUGGCAGUUGCUGAUGUUACCACACCACAGACUGUACUAUUCAAACUUCAUUUUACUUCUUAAGGAAAUAAAUCUGUACAUAAUAGAAAACUCAUGGAAAUACUGUACUUCAUGGAUGCUAAGAAAUUUAAUUGAUGUCAUUUUUAGCAUUAGUGUUGCUGGGAUUUGAAUUUUUUUAUAUAUAAUGAGCCACUCUUUUUUAUCUUUAUAACUUUCCCUUGAAGACAGACUUUUGGGGUUGGUGCUUGUCAGUGUUUUCAUUAGUAACAUGGAAAAUUGUGCCUGGAGAGAGAGACUCUGAGCAAAUCUAUUGCUUCUUUUAGAGGAGGAAGCAAAUACCGUUGUAUGUGUGAAUUUUGUUUUGGUCAAAGAACGGAUUCUUCAGUUUUCAUUUGAGCACCCACAUAUACAAAAGAUGUCUCUUUAAAGAAAAUAAGAAAAUUAAAUUUAAAUAACAUUAAAUAUGACAACCUGACAUCUAGAUCAUAUUGAACAUAGCCUCCUUUUUGCCUGAUUUAAUAUUCAUUUAAUUGUGGCUGUCCAAAUGAAAAUUACUGCAAAAGUUACCUUGUCCAUAAUAAUUUAUAAAUGGUGUUAUAGCUAAAUACCUGUGCAUGGAAAUGGGAAAUAUUUUCGUGUGUUUACUUGCAGUGCCAUAAAGGCCAAUAUGCAUAACAUUAAAGCCAAGACAUGGAUGUUUAAAAGAAUUUAAUGUUUAAACAGUUAUCACUGAUGCUUUCACACUAUUUAUUAAUAAAAUCAUAUAUUGUCUA